CAGCUGAAACCGGUUUGAGCGCAGCCGCCUUCGGCAGCCGGGCGACGCCGCGGGCCGCCUUGGGGAGCGCUGGCGAGGCGCGGACGCCCGGAGCCCGGCAGCUCGGCCCGCGGCACUCGCUCUCCGGCGCGGCGGCGGCGGCGGCGGCGGCGACCCGCGGACGCGGACCCGGCAGCCCGACAUCCUCAAAAAAAUCCAUCAGAAUGACACCUUCUCAGGUUACCUUUGAAAUAAGAGGAACUCUGUUUCCAGGAGAAGUUUUUGCUAUAUGUGGAAGCUGUGAUGCUUUGGGAAACUGGAAUCCUCAAAAUGCUGUGGCUCUCCUUCCAGAGAAUGAGACAGGUGAAAGCAUGUUUUGGAAAGCAACCAUUGUACUCAGUAGAGGAGAAUCAAUUCAGUAUCGCUACUUCAAAGGGUGCUUUUUAGAACCAAAGACUAUCGGUGGUCCAUGUCAAGUCAUAGUUCACAAGUGGGAGACUCAUCUACAACCACGAUCAAUAACCCCUUUAGAAAGUGAAAUUAUUAUUGACGAUGGACAAUUUGGAAUCCACAAUGGUGUUGAGAAUUUGGAUUCGGGAUGGCUGACAUGUCAGACUGAAAUAAGAUUACGUUUGCAUUAUUCUGAAAAGCCUCCAGUCUCUAUAACCAAGAAGAAAUUUAAAAAAUCUAGAUUUAGAGUGAAGCUGACACUAGAGGGUCUGGAGGAAGAUGAUGAUGAUAGGGUGUCUCCCACUCUUCUUCAAAAAAUGUCCAAUACCCUGGAGAUAUCCUUAAUAAGCGACACUGAGUUCAAGUGCAAGCAUUCACAGCCAGAAUGUGGAUAUGGCUUACAACCUGAUCGUUGGACAGAGUAUAGCAUACAGACAAUGGAACCAGAUAAUUUGGAACUAAUAUUUGAUUUUUUUGAGGAAGAUCUCGGUGAACAUGUAGUUCAGGGUGAUACUCUUCCUGGACAUGUGGGUACAGCAUGUCUCUUAUCAUCCACCAUUGAAGAGAGUGGGAAAAGUGCUGGAGUCCUCACUCUUCCUAUCAUGAGCAGAAAUUCCAGAAAAACAAUAGGCAAAGUGAGAGUUGACUAUAUAAUUAUUAAGCCAUUACCAGGAUACAGUUGUGACAUGAAAUCUUCAUUUUCCAAGUAUUGGAAGCCAAGAACACCAUUGGAUGUUGGACAUCGAGGUGCAGGGAAUUCUACAACAACUGCUAAGCUUGCUAAAGUUCAAGAAAAUACUAUUGCUUCUUUAAGAAAUGCUGCCAGUCAUGGUGCAGCCUUUGUGGAAUUUGACGUACAUCUUUCAAAAGAUUUUGUUCCUGUGGUGUAUCAUGACCUUACAUGUUGUUUGACUAUGAAAAAGAAAUUUGAGGCUGAUCCUGUAGAAUUAUUUGAAAUUCCAGUAAAGGAAUUAACAUUUGACCAACUCCAGUUGUUAAAGCUCACUCAUGUGACUGCACUAAAAUCUAAAGAUCUAAAAGAAUCUGUGGUUGAAGAAGAAAAUUCUUUAUCUGAAAAUCAGCCAUUUCCUUCUCUUAAGAUGGUUUUAGAGUCUUUGCCAGAAGAUGUGGGGUAUAACAUAGAAAUAAAGUGGAUCUGCCAACAAAGGGAUGGAAUGUGGGAUGGUAACUUAUCAACAUAUUUUGACAUGAAUCGGUUUUUGGAUAUCAUUUUAAAAACUGUCUUAGAAAAUUCUGGAAAGAGAAGAAUAGUGUUUUCUUCAUUUGAUGCAGAUAUUUGCACAAUGGUUCGGCACAAGCAGAACAAAUAUCCCAUAUUAUUUUUGACUCAAGGAAAGUCUGAUAUUUACCCUGAACUCAUGGACCUCAGAUCUCGGACAACUGCUAUUGCAAUGAGUUUUGCACAGUUUGAAAAUCUGCUGGGGAUAAAUGCACAUACUGAAGAUCUGCUCAGAAACCCAUCCUACAUUCAAGAGGCAAAAGCUAAGGGACUAGUCAUAUUCUGCUGGGGUGAUGAUACCAACGACCCGGAAAACAGGAAGAAAUUGAAGGAAUUUGGAGUUAAUGGUCUAAUUUAUGAUAGGAUAUAUGAUUGGAUGCCUGAACAGCCAAAUAUAUUCCAAGUGGAGCAGUUGGAACGCCUGAAGCAAGAAUUGCCAGAGCUUAAGAGCUGUUUGUGUCCCACAGUUAGCCAUUUUGCUCCCUCUUCUUUGUGUGAGGAGCCUGGUAUCGAGGUGGAUGCCAACGGCAUUGAUAGCAUGGACAGUGCUUAGUUUUAUGGGGCAGAGGCCAUCUGAGGGCAUGCACUGCUGUUGUGGGUAUUCACUUUUCAUGAGCAUUGUUUAUGCCUUUUAGUUUCUCAGUCCAAUGAAGCAAUAAUGGAGUAUUUUACUGUUUCAUUACAGUUCUUGCUAGAAUUUCAAGUAUGCUAUUUAAAUCACUUGGCCAGGUAUAAUUACCAGUCAGCCUCUUUACAGUGAGAAAAUGUAUUGGUAGGUAAAUAUUUUAAACUAUAUAUGUAAAUGGAUAAUGUUAAACAAAUGUCCAUUAAAAGCAUAGCACUUUGAAAUUAAUUGUAUAAAUAUUUCAUAUUUACUCUUCUUACAGUUUUUCAUUCAAUCAGGUCUGAAAUAUUUAGCACUUGAGGAACAUGACUAUGCAUAAUUAUACCUGACCAUGCGAAAAAUAAGUACCUCAAAUGCAUGCAUUUGCACUGGUGAUUCCAACUGCACAAAUCUUUGUGCCAUCUGUGUAUAUAUGUAUUUUUUACAUGGACUGACAUGCACAUCUAUCAUUUUCAUUCUGUGUGAACCUUGAGGCUGCUGCCAUUUUUCCAUUUAACCAAACCAAUGCCUGUGUAAUCAGCCUAGAGGUGAUCCUUGAAAACUUGUUUCAAGAAUUGUUUGGCAUAAAUGUUAAAAAAAUUUUAAAUGCUGCAGGGUAAUUUAAUGUAUAAAAUGUUAGAAGUAUGUAUUGCAUACUUAGUAGAGUAGAUCAUUAUGUAUAAAUUCUACUCAGUGCAUGCUUUAGGUUUUAAGCAUGAGGUUAUACACGUUUACCAGAAGUCCUUGCAUCUGUGGUGCUAGGUAAGUGUGAGAAGGUGUCAAGGACUGAAAAUAUUUUGUUGCCUAAAAAAAAAAGCCUGUUUGCAGGCACUUAAAAUAUGCUUAUUUUAGGGCUCUCUCACUACCUACUACACACCGUUGCUUUAUGGGUUUGUUUUGUGUGUGUGUGUGCUGUGUGUGUUAUACAGUAGUUAAAUCUCCAUGCAAAAAAUAAAUGUCCUGAAUUCUCAUAUUGGUAUUCUUUAUUGGUUAAUGUAUAUCAUGCAUGUAAUUUAUUUAGAAAUGUAGAAGAUUCGACUAAAUGUAUAGGCAUGUUUUGAGAGUUAUGCUAAGGAUUCUUUCAUUAGAAGCUGAUUGUUUUUGGCAUAACUGUAAUUUAAGAAUGAAUGUUAAAUAAAACGCACAGUUAUUUUCUUCAUUAU